AUGCCACCCAAAGGCAAAGCAAUUGACAUUAGCUCAUCCUCGGUUGUCGAUCUGAAGGCGCAAUUGGCGCAGCACACUGAAGAAUUUCAACGUAUACGAGCAGGAGCGAAAUAUGGACGAGCUUCCAACCGACCUAUAGAUAAGAAACCCACUGUGUGGGCACGACAAAACAAAGGCGUAUCAUCAAGGUCUAAACGAGACGAGGUGCAGCAUAUCGACGAGGUCGAGAGCCAUUCGCUUGAACGAAGCCGAGAGACGUUGGAACGCAAAGCCAGGUUAUAUGAAGAGAUGCGAAAACGGAUACAUUCAGAUGAUGAGGAUGAUGAAGAAGAAGGAUACUUGAUUGACUUUGAUCGUAAAUAUUGGGAAGAGAGGGAACAUCAAGACACAAAGAAAAGGAAAACAAGAGUGGAAAAGGAUAUAUCAACACCAGAAGUUAAUGAUGAUGAUGAUCCAUGGGUGGAAUAUGAGGAUGAAUUUGGACGCACCAGAACAAUACGGAAAAGUCAAUUACCACAGCAACGAGAACGAUCACCAUCGCAAAGUCCUUCACGUAGUCCUUCACCGCCACCACCGAUGAAUGAUGAUAAGUUUGAGCCUGCAGAUCGAGCUAGCAUUCGACAUUAUGAUUCUACGAGAGAAGUGCGCACUCGAGGCGUCGGUUUUUAUCAGUUUGCACUCGACGACGAAGAGCGUGAUGAACAAAUGCAAAGGUUGAAUGAGAUUAGACAAGAAACAGAGAUGGCUCGAAAGAAUGCGAAAAGUGUGGCCGAGCGAAGGAAGGCCAUGUUACAAAAGAACGCUGAGCGAAUUCAUGCAAGACGUGCACAGCUACAAGCUAAGCGGAGGAAUGAUCCACAGCAACAACAAUCACAAUCGCAAUCACAGUUUACUGUCAAUGAAGAAAGUGUAUCCAAGUUUCUGAAAGCUGUCAGGAGUAAUUUAGAAUCUUGA